AUAGGGUACACAAACGAACUGUCAAAGCACACGUGCACCGAUGGACACCAAGGAUUACGAAUUGGAGCUAAUACGUCAAGAUAUUGUAAAAAACCAUCUUCAACUUACGGCUUUAAUUCAAGAUAUACAACAAUGUACUGGUCCUCUAGAGCUGCUAAUGGAAUUGAAUGCAGAAGGCAGGGCAAAGUUAGAAACUCUACAAUCAUCCAUAUCCAAGCUAGAGUCAGUAGCAGAAAGAGAGCUCGUGGAGAAAAAAAGAAUAGAAUUACAAGUAGAAAUAGACACUUAUAAGGAGCAGUCUAAAACUUCCUUGGCUGCAUUUCGUAAAGCCAAUGUCAUUAGCAUGUGUGUGAUAGAUAAACUAUCCAAGGAGGAACUAUUGUCAAUGCCUGAAGAACAUCAAGCUGCUGUUCGUAGAAGACACGAUAAACGAAGUUUGGCAAACACAUCCAAUCAGCUUUCUGACAAACUCUUAAGUAUAUCUAGACACUUGGCUGAAACAACUCAAAGAAGUGCAAACACAUUGGAUACAUUAAUAACUUCAUCUGAUAAGGUGUCUAGUACUAAAGGUGAAUUGGAACAUCAGCAACAAGUGAUAGUUCAAUCGGGAAAACUCUUAGGCAAAUACGGUAGAAGAGAAGUUACGGACAAAGCUUUAUUAGCACUAGCAUUUGCAUUUUUCCUAGCCUGCGUCUUCUACAUUUUACAGAAGAGAUUGUUUUAGAAGUACA